AGUUUUGAAGAGUUGGUCAAUGCAUAACGAGAAAUCAAAGAGGGUUGCUCUCCGUAUUGUCCGUUGUCCUCCAGGGGCUUCAAUUCUUUUACAUUCUGGGUUUUUGUCCAUAUCCACCCUCAUUUUCGUUGUUCAUGGUAUAUAAGCAUACAAGGAUAUAUCAUCAAGGGUGUUGGAAGCCAUGGAGGCAGCAAAUUCAUCUUUUCCCAAAGAUUUGGAGCCUGGUUACAGGGUCGAUGGAUCAUGUUGGAGAUUCAUUCGGGUUGUUUCAGAUGGAUUAUUUAGCGAACCCGGUGAGCAUAUGUUCAGACAUACCUUGGUUGUUUUACAAUUGCAAUUAGCGAUCAUUUUCAUCCUCGCCACCAUCAUACACCUCCUCCUCAGACGCUUCCAUUUGCCUCGUCUCUUAUCCGAAGUGCUGGCAGGUCUGAUUCUUGGACCAACUGUACUUGGACGGUUCUUUCCUAAAAUAUCAGACAUUUUGUUCUCCCAGCAAUCCCUGAAAAUCCUGUCUGAAUUGACACGGUUCGGGUACUUGUUUUUUAUGUUUUUGAUCGGGGUGAAGAUGGAUGUGAGUCUGAUCACAAAAUCAGGAAAAAGGGAAUGGACCAUAGGCUCUAUAGUCAUUCUAUUCCCCAUGCUAACCAUUGUUCUCGUUGCCCAAUACAUAGGCAGAACGGUGGACAACAUGGAUAUAUACAACCUGGAAUGGGUUGGACUCUUCUCAGGAACACUAAUGCUAACCUCAUUUCCAGUGGUGGCCUGCUUUUUAAUGCAUCUCAAGAUCAUUAACUCCGAGCUGGGAUACCUUGCUUUGUCUUCAGCAUUGAUUAGUGACUUGACAAGUGUAGUAAUAAUAAAUUUGAACAGCUAUUGGCAGCUAGUUGAAUUGGCAUCGAUCCGUGUAGCGUUGAAGUCGAUGUUUCUUUGUAUCGCUCUUGUUGUGUUUAUCAUAGCAGUUCUGCGUCCAAUGAUGUACUGGAUCAUCAGAAGAACUCCUGAAGGAAAGCCAGUCAGAGAUGCUUACGUUUUCCUUCUUGUGAUAGCACUACUGCUUGUAGCAAUAGUCGGUGAUAAUGUUGGACUUCAGUACAUGUACGGGCCUUUUAUACUAGGCUUGGCAGUGCCAACAGGACCUCCCUUGGCAUCCAUUCUGAUAGAAAAAUUGGACACCAUAGUCACAGGCUGGAUGCUGCCGCUUAUGUCAACUUAUUGUGGAUACAAAUCAAAUCUCUGGGAAUUGAACAGGCCUCUACCUGCUUCUGAAAUUUUUGUAAUUACUGUAGGUUUCUUGCUGAAAACAACCUGUGGGUUUAUUCCUGCAAUUUGUUUCAAAAUGCCUUUUAAGGAUGCUACUGCACUUGCUCUGAUGUUGACUGCCAAAGGCAUUGUUGAAUUAGGCACGUUUGCAACCAAUGCUGACAAGCAGUCCAUUGUUACUCAACAGUUCACCUUGGCUGUAGUAGUUGUAUUCAUUUUAGCAGCAGCCGUGCCAAUUCUUACCCGAAAGCUUUAUGACCCAUCAAAGACAUAUACAGGUUACCAGAAAAGAACCAUUUUGAACUCUUCUACACAUGAGGGUCUUCGAGUGCUGGUUUGUGCACAUAGGCAAGAUGAUGCAUUGUCAGCGAUCAAGCUACUUGAACUUUCAAAUCCUACUAAAGAAAGUCCCUUGUCUGUUUACGGGCUUUACUUAGAAGCACUUAUCGGUGGAUCCACUCCCCUUCUCCUUAAUCACCAAUUAGGCCAGAAGAGUUCUUCUGAUGGAUCUCGCUGGCAGCCCGUUAUUGAUGUUUUCAAUUACUUCAAGUCGCAAAGUAAGAAACAAAACCAAGUCCAUGUCUUCACAGCAAUAUCACCUCCCAAAUUAAUGCAUGAAGACAUUUGUUGGGUUGCCUUUGACAAUUCAGUAGCACUAAUAAUACUUCCAUUUCAUAGGAAGUGGAAUAGCAAAGGGACGAUGAUUUCCGACAGCAAAGUUUUGAGGGCCUUGAAUUGUAAAGUUUUGAACAAGGCCCCUUGUUCUGUAGGAGUUCUAAUUGACCGCAGCAGAACUCGUGGUCCAUCAAUCUUAACAAAAUCAUCCGCAUAUCAUGUAUGUGUGAUUUACCUGGGAGGCAAGGAUGAUCGAGAAGCGCUAGCUCUUGCACAAAGGAUGAGGGGAUGGCCUUCUGUUUUCCUAACUGUUGUAAGGUUCAUUGCAUCAAAUGAUUGUUACCAACAAGGAUGGGAGAUGAUGCUUGAUAAUGAAUGUUUGAGAGACGUAAAGCACCAAAGUAAAAAUAACGGUAAUGUAUCGUAUAAGGAGGAGAUGGUUACAGAUGGUGCGGAUACAUCUUGGCUGGUUGGAUCACUAUUGGAGGAAAACUAUGAUCUUUUCUUGGUUGGGCGACACUCAAGAACUAACUCACCAGUCAUAUCAGGUCUAUCAGAAUGGAUUGAGUUGCCAGAGCUAGGGCCAAUUGGAGACCUACUAGCUUCUUCAGAAGUCACUAAUCCAAUUUCUGCCGUUGUGGUUCAACAUCAGAUCAUUGAGGGUGAGUGUGAAAGUACUCUCACAGGUUUUUAAAUUGAAGGGCUGCAUUCUUUCGGAUCCUAAUGCAUCCUCCAUUGAUCCCUGUUACGAAGAAAGAAGAAGAUAAAUGUGCAACUCCUGAUAUAACUUCCGCAAGUAAGCAGACAAGGAUUCUGAUUGCAACAUUAGCAUCAUCAUGCAGAGAUUGCUUUAUGGGACUGAAAAAAAUGAAUUUCCCAUGCACUCUGCAUGUUCCAUAAACCGCAAAUCAGAAAUCAGAAAUCAGAAAGAUCGUUUAUGUCCAUCAAUUGACCAAUUGGUCCAUUAGGAAACUGUUCUUAGGGGAAGACCUGUUACAAUUGUACUCAGGCAGAUCAGGCAGGACGCUGGGACAUCCUUGCUCUUGUUUCCUUCUUGCUUGGUUCUCUUAAUCAGAUAAUCAAGCCUAGACUGCUUCUAAAUUAUAUACACCAUAGAUUCAAAAGUACUUCUAAUUUUCUGUAUCAUCAUAUUUGCCCUUUUUGUUGGCUUGCUUUCUAACAGGCUAUAAAUUUCCCAACCAUUAAAGAAAAUGAUGUAUUUUGAUCUAUAUCUG